AUGGCUCCUUACUGUGAGCAAGUUUGGCUUGUUACUUGCAACUUAUUGGGAUUUCCAGACUUUGAGUUAGAGGCAGGGUGGCGCUCUGCCUUUGGGAACUCUUACGAAAUCGCACUUCAUCUGUAUUGUAAUUGCAGUCCAGCAUGGACCUGCAGGCUCUGCUGUGCAUCAAUCAUCUGCAUCUGA